CACUGCCAGCCCCACCUAGAGGAAUUCUGGGAAGACAUGGCAGCUUCCGCUGUUUGUGUUUGCUGAGUUUCCGCACUGAACAGUCACUAAAACAGAGUUAAGUUUACUUGAAAACUUUAUCGGUGGCGCGGUUCGGGAUGGAGGAGAGCGGCAGUGUGGACAGUGUGGAGUCUUUGUGCAGCUCUGCCACGACGCGCUCAGACCGCUCCAGUGGCACCAGGAUUUCAGAUACAGAGCUGCGGAGUAAGGGAAAAGCUAUUGAAAAGGUCUACAAAGACCCCAGUAAAGGCGAACUUCCUCUUCUGCCAGGGGAACUGGUUCAGGAUUCCGGUAUUUGUGCUAAAGACGUGACUUACAUUUGUCCGUUCAUUGGUCCUGUUAGAGGAUCUCUGACCGUCACUAACUACAGACUUUUCUUCAGAAGCACUGACAGGGAGCCGGUGUUUGGGCUAGAUCUACCCCUGGGAGUUGUGAGCAGAGUAGAGAAGAUUGGAACAGCAACUAGCAGAGGAGAUGUCUCGUAUGGUCUUGUCUGCAAGGAUAUGAGGAACCUACGUUUUGUGCAUAAGGAGCCGGAGGACUCACUAAAGAAGUCAGUGUUUGAGGUUCUGAUGAAGUUUGCUUUUCCAGUGUCAAACAACAUGUCACUCUUUGCAUUUGAGUAUAAGCAGGUGUUUCCUGAGAAUGGAUGGAAGGUGUAUGAUCCGCUGGCUGAAUACAAGAGACAGGGUCUUCCAAACGAGAGCUGGAGGAUCUCAAAAGUAAAUGAUCACUACGAGCUGUGUGAUUCAUACCCAGCAGCUCUAUUUGUCCCAGUAACCAUUACUGAUGAGGAACUGCGACGCGUCUCCGGCUUUAGGGCUAAAGGACGCUUUCCGGUGUUGUCCUGGAUCCACCCAGAGAGUCAGGCCGCUGUGGUUCGUGCCAGUCAACCGAUGGUGGGCCAGAACAGUCGCCGCUGCAAAGAAGAUGAGAAGCUCCUUCAGGCCAUUAUGGACGCAAACGCUCAAUCACACAAACUGUUCAUAUUUGAUGCCAGACCAAGUGUGAAUGCUGCAGCUAACAAGAUGAAAGGUGGUGGGUUUGAGAGUGAGGAUGCUUAUCAGAACGCUGAACUGGUAUUUCUGGAUAUCCACAACAUUCAUGUAAUGCGCGAGUCGCUAAGAAAACUGAAGGAGGUUGUCUAUCCCAACAUUGAGGAAUCUCACUGGCUUUCCAAUCUCGAGUCCACCCACUGGUUGGAGCACAUUAAGUUGAUUCUGGCUGGAGCUUUAAGGAUAGCCGAUAAAGUAGAGUCUGGGAAGACCUCGGUGGUGGUUCAUUGCAGUGACGGCUGGGACAGAACUCCUCAGCUGACCUCACUGGCCCUGAUAAUGCUGGACUCUCAUUACAGAACCAUACGAGGCUUUCAGAUUCUUUUGGAGAAAGAGUGGCUCAGCUUCGGUCACCGCUUCCAACAGCGAGUGGGUCACGGUGAUAAGAAUCACACAGAUGCCGAUCGUUCACCAAUCUUCCUGCAGUUUAUUGACUGUGUUUGGCAGAUGACAAGACAGUUUCCUGCAGCUUUCGAGUUCAAUGAGUAUUUCCUCAUAACAAUACUGGAUCACCUCUACAGCUGUCUUUUUGGCACAUUUUUGUGUAACAGUGAACAGCAAAGACUUAAAGAGGAGGUCCCAAAGCGCACUGUGUCUCUAUGGUCGUUUGUGAACAGCCAGCUAGAAGAGUUUGUGAAUCCGCUGUAUGUACAUUAUCCCUCACACGUGCUCUUCCCCACCGUUGGUAUACGACACCUCCAGCUCUGGGUCACCUACUAUAUACGCUGGAAUCCUCGCAUGAAACCACAGGAGCCUGUCCAUCAGCGCUACAAAGAGCUGCUAGCAAAACGGGCAGAGCUUCAGAAGAGGGUGGAAGAGCUGCAGCGCGAAGCGGCCAAUCGUACGGCCUCGUCAUCCACCGAGAGGGCGGGGUCUCCCACACGCUCCAUCACACCUGUGCAGACCUUCGUUUAGGCUUUGAGGAAUGUAGAUGCCCACAUGGUUCUCAUGUUACUUGCAGUGAUGCACAGCUCAUGUAAAUUCAUACACUAACAUUCACCUCGCUGCUACCAGCUGGCUGGAUGGAUGGAAGAAGCUUUUACUCACUAAAACUGUUUCGUACUAGUAUUAUAUUAAUACAUUAAGACUAUUAAAGCACUAAUACAUAUAAGAAGCAUAUUAGGGCUUGUACUGUAUGAGCGGUAUGUAGUAGAACUCUGCCUCUUAGCAUCACAUGACCAAAGCGUUGUGAUGUCACUGGGAUGCAGAGUGAAGUUGAGGCCAGUUUUUCAGCCUCUGGGUUUUGUGUACAGGCUUCUGUCUUUACUUGAAAUUCCAACUUUCUUGGGCUUGUUUAAAAUUACACUAUGUAGUCAUGUUAUAGAUAUGCUCUAUAUCUAACUUUUGCUUAUGUUAACAUUAUUGACAAAUAAAAUAUGUUGACAUUGAUUCAA